CUUCUCCAGGCUGUCUGCCAGUGUGAUCCUCCAGGUCCUGGUCUCGUUCUCUGAUGCAGGACUGGCUUGCAGGAUCUCCUGGAACAUGUCAUCCCAAGUCCUCUUCUUUUCCCCUCUUUGUCUGGCUUAGUCAUUCUGAGGGUGUGGAGGUGGAGAUACUGAUGGCUACAAUGUCAGCAGCUGCAGACACAACACACAUAGGCACCAUUGUCAGUGUAUUCAUGAGAGAAACUGAAACUUAAGAUACUGAACUCACGCCCCUCAUUCCCCAAAAGUUGCAAGCACCACAUUUUCACUUCUGUUUGGGAUUGACAGAACGUGGGGGAGGGAGGCGGGGUGGAGUGUUGGGAAAAUGAGGGUGGAAUAGCUUGCUGGCAUAAUUAUGGUUGUAUAGGGCAAUAGAACUGAAUACUGGCACCAUUUUACACAGGUAAUUUUAGCUGAUAUCUCACUCCUGAGGGUAACAGAGGCAGAGAAAGCCCAGCUGGUGCUGGCGCCCUGAUGCUCCCUGGGCACAUAUGCUGCUAUCCUUUGUAUUGCAAUGGUGCCUGAAUUGCUGAAUGGUGUGGGAAAGUGUUGUUCCGCAGCAGAAGAAAUAAGGCAGCCCUCCCAGAAACCUACAGCAGAGAACUGCGGAGUACUUCCAUGAAAGUUUCACUUAGAAUCCUAUGAAGGAUUCAUAGGACAUCCUGGUCCACAUAAACAAACUGCUCUGUGUGGCCUCCUCUGCCUAAACCUAGAGGGGAAUGAAAAGUAGAUAGCAACUCUACUUCUCUUAAUUUUUUCACUACCUUUUCUAGCACAAGUAAAAGAAGAGUAAAUUAACAGAUGUAUCCUGCUACUUUGGGGGUUCCAUCUAUGUAAUUUCAAAGCAAACUGCAUACUUACCAGAGGUUCCUUCCCCUGCAUGAAGCUCACCUUCAAAAACAUGUUCUAGCUUGCUGCACAGCUGGAUUUCCCCAGUCGCCUGUCUCCAAUACUCCUCCUCCUCUUCUUCCCUACUCAAGGCAGGGUCCUGUGAUUCGGGCUCUUCGGAAGUACUCACGGUGCUGUUGGACAUGGUGGUGGGGUCUCCAACGAGGAUGACUUGCAGUUCUAUGUAAAAGCGGCUGGUCUGCAGGUCAGCAUUGGAUCGAUUGUUGGCCUUCCUGGCCUUCUGGUAUUCUUGCACAGCUCCUGGGCUUUCAUGCGGCACUGCUGCUGGUCCCUGUUAUACCCCUUCUCCUGCAUCCCCUGAGCAAUCCGCUCGUAGAUGUCCACGUUUCUACUGUUGGGUUGGAGCUGUGCCUGCACAGCCUCUUCUCCCCACAGGCCCAGGAGAGCCAAUACGUCCUAUGUACUCCAGGCAGGAGCACAUCUGCAGUGUGUAGCUGGCAUGGUUGGCUGGGCAGUUGCACUCAACAAUGGAGAGUUGCUAGGUGUACUCACCAAGUUGGGCAAAAAGGAAUUUCAAAAAUUUGUGGGGCUUUAAAGAGGAGAGAUGGCUUUCUGUCUACCUGACCCCGGGACCCCUAGCAGAAUUCACAACAGUGUCCAGAGCUGUCAGUGUGGCACAUUGUGGGACAGCUCCUGGAGGCCAGUAACAGCUGACAUAAGUAACACAGUAUCUACUCUAUCACUGUGUCGACCUGAUUACAUUGACCAUGAUCUAAGCUGCUUGGGGAGGUGUAGACUGACCACAGGCCAUUUGACCAUUGUGUAAUCUACUCCUGCUCAGAGCAGGUCUAAGGGCUUCUUUACACUUACAUUUUAUAGCGCUCUAACUUGCUGGCUCUGGGGAGUGAAAAAUCACCCCCCUGAGAGCAGCAAGUCUGAGUGCUUUAAAGUGCUUGCGUAGACAGGCUUUAAGUGCUGGGAGCCGUGCUCCAAGUGCUCGGAGCUCAUCCCCUCAUGGAGGUGGAUUACAAGGAGUGCUGGGAGAGCUCUCUCCCGGCGCUCGCCCGCGACCACACUCGCACUUCAAAGCGCUGCCGUGGGAGUGUUCCUGUGGCAGCACGUUGAAGUUUCCAGUGUAGCCAUGCCCUAGAUGACACGGCCAUCUGUAUUACAGUUUCCACUAUUGCUAGCAUCCAUGCUAGACCAAUGGUGACAGACCUGUCUAAAUGUUUAAGUUUCUCUGUUUUUUAGGUCCUGUCAAUACUUUAGGCCUGGCCUACAUUAGAAAAUUAAGAUGGUUUAACUACAUUGAUCAGGGAUGUGAAAAAUCCACACCCCAGAGCAGCAUAAUUCAGAUGACCUAAGUCCCUGUGUAGUCAGAGCUAAUUUGAUGGAAGAAUUCUUUCAUCAACCUAGCUACUGCCUUUUGAGGAGGUGGAUUAUCUAUGCAGAGGGAAGAACCAGUCCCGUCCGUGUAGCUAUUAUCUACAUUGAAGCACUACAGUGGCAUAGCUGUGCUGCUGUAGUGUUUUAAGUGUAGGCAAACCUUUAGUAUAACUUUGAUACGGUUACUGGCCUAGUGGAUGGGGGUAAGCAAUAGACAUGAUAUAGCCUGAUUUUAGUAAGUCUUUUUACACAAUCCCAUGACAUUCUCAUAACCAAACUAGCGAAAUGUGGUCUAUAUGAAAUUACUAUAAAGUGGACACACAUCUUGUUGAAACACUAUACUCAAAGAGUAGUUAUCAAUGGUUUGUUGUCAGACUGGGAGGACUGUGUAUAUUUCUUGAGAUCCCACAAGGAUCUGUCCUGUACUAUUCAAUAUUUUUAUUAAUGACUUGGAUAAUGGAGUGGAGAGUAUGAUUAUAAAAAUGACUUUGACAAAUUGGAGAACUGGUCUGAAAUCAACAAGAUGAAAUUCAACAAAGACAAGUGCAAAGUGCCUCACUGAGGAAGGAAAAAUCACAUGCACAACUACAAAAUGGGGAAUAACUAGCUAGGCAGUAGUAUCGCUGAAAAUGAUUUGGGGGUUACAAUGGAUCACAAAUUGAAUAUGAGUCAACCAUGUGAUGCAGCUGCAAAAAAGGCUAAUAUCAUUCUGGGAUGGAAACAGGAACGUUGAAUGUAAGACCAGAUAUGUAAUUUUCCUGUUCUGCUUGGCACUGGUGAGGGCUCAGCUGGAGUACAGUAUCUAGUUCUGGAUGCCAUGCUUCAAGAAAAAGGAACAAAUUGGAGCGUCCCAGAGGAGAACAGCAAAGAUGAUAAAACAGUUUAGAAAAUAUGACCUAUGAGGAAAGGUUAAAAAAUCUGGGCAUGUUUAGUCUUGAGAAAAGAAGCCUGAGGGGGAACCUGAUAACAGUCUUCACAUAUAUUAAGGGCUGUUGUAAAGAGCAUGAUGAUCAAUAGUUCUCCAUGUCCACUGAAGUAAUGGGCUUAAUUUGCAGCAAGGGUUUAGGAAAAACUUUCUAAUGCUAAGGAUAGUUAAGGAUUGGAAUAGGCUUCCAUGGGAGGUUGUGAAACCCGGCAGCGGAGGGUUUUAAGAAUAAGUUAGCAAAACACAUGUCAGGGAUGGUGUGAAUUUACUUGGUCCUGCCUCAGCACUGGGUUCUGACCUUGAUAGGGUUGCCUGGGGUCCAGUUUUUGACGGGAAAGGCCGGUUUUAAGGGGACCCGUACAGUCUCUGGUCAGAAGUAUUGACCGGACACCAAAAGUCCAGCCACCGCAAGUCUAUUGUGCCCCUGCUCCCACCAGCCCAAAGCCCCUUUAGCCCCCCAAUCGCUGGCCCCAGAGCAGGGAGGGGCAGAGCUGGAGGCACCUCAGCCGCUAGUCCCCUCCCAGCCUGGCUGGGGAGGACGCUUCUCCUGUACAGGCUGCUGCCCGGGGCCUGGUCAGACAUACCUCCAGGAACCUCCCACGGCUGCAGGAAGCUCCCUGAGAACUCUUUGCCUCGAGCUGCUGCUGGCCGGAGCAGGAGAGACACGGUCCCUCUUCCGCCUCCCUCUUCUCUUUAUGGUGAGUUGAGCCCUGGGGUGGGGGUGCUCGGUUUUGAGACGUUGGGAAGUUGGCCACCCUAGGUCUGGACGAGUCCUCAGCGUCCCUUCCAGCCCUCCAGCUCCAGGAGGCUGGAGUCACAGACCCGGUUCGAGCGGCACUGGCCCCUGCCUCGGUGCGAAUAGCUGCUGUGGCUGAGACCGAAGCCUGCACCGCCACCCCCAGUCAAGUCGGGGGGCCCCUGACUGGCCUGUACUCGGGUGGAGACUGGACCUCAGUUUCCCCAGCUGGACGGGGUGGGCUAAUAACACCGCAUAAUAACGCAGCCUGUAACGUUAAUCGGUAAAGCAAGUGGUGCCGGGCCCAGGCUGGGGCCCCUUGGCACUGAGAGCGGCCGCAGAGGCCAGGGCUCCGCGCAGCAAAGGGCGGCUGGUCCGGGCUGCCCGCGGACUGCAGUUCCCGCCUUAGCAGCAGCCCGGCGCCUAGCGGGGCGCCUUGCCCGGGGCAGGCAGCAGCGCUCUGGCUGGGACGCCCCCCGGUGACGCCCGGAGCCUCGGCAGGACGCGGGCGCUUUGCCGCCGCCGUGCAGGCGGCUCCUUCCUGGCUGGCAGCCCCAGAGGCUCGGCCCCGGGGCCCGCUCCCUGCCCGGGCGCCUCUGCAGUUCCCAGGGCGCUCGGCGCUUCCCCUCCCUGCCCAGGGCGCUUCUCCUCCCGGCCCGCGCGUGAAGCGCGUCGCCCUGUCAGGCCGGGUUUCUCCUCCUUGGCCGCUCCCCGCUCCGGGGCGCUGCCAGCACCGCAGGAGCCGAGAAGAAGCUACAAGUAAGUCAAGAAAAUGGCUUUUGAAAGUCUGAUUAUCCCAUUUUUAAUGUUCCUCAGCAGAGCUACAGCUGAAGAGCUGUGCCCCUUGCGUCGCUCCAUUGAUGUACUUGAAGGGGAAUAUUUUUUCCUUUGUUUCCCUGGAUCAAUACAAGAUAAGCUUCGCAGUAAAACAUACACAGUGACCUGGUUCAAAGAAAGCGAAGGAAAGGUGAAUUUGAUCCAAGCAACACAGAGACUUGUUUUAAAUGGGAGAUUUCUGGAGUUUUGGCCAGCUGAACUCAGUGACCUGGGGAAUUACAUAUACAGAUUCAGCAAUGGAACGUAUAAUGUCACAUUACAAAAGUGGUCCCUGAAUGUACUCAAAAGAAGUAAAGACAGUUGUUUUAACACAAAUCAUUUAUCCAGGCAAGUUGAAGAUGUUGGAAGAGGUUAUACACUGAAAUGCAAUGCUGUGCACCACAAUAAAAAUGUCACUAUAAUGUGGUACAAGAACUGUAACAUCUAUAACUCUGCAAACGAGAAGGAACUGGAUUUUUCUAGUUUAAAGAUUGAAGACUCUGGGAAUUACACAUGUGUUGUUUCAAUUAGUCAUGCAGGAAAGGCGUUCAACACCACAAGUACAACAGAGCUGAUGGUGAAAGAUGAUGCAGCAGAAGUUGUUAAAUUGGAGAUAAUUGAACCUGGAGAAAUUUAUGUUGAAACACAAAUAGGUAAAGAGGUGAUACUCAACUGCACAGUUUUCUUGGGUUACUCAGAUGCUGCCAAGCCAAUAUACCUCCUGCACUGGGUAGUCAAAAAUUUAAAUUCAUGUUCAGAGAGCACUAAGGAGGAACAAUCAAUAUGUGAAAAGGAGUAUGAUUUUAAUUCAGGAAACAAGAAGUAUGCCUCAAAACUAUUGUGGAUUAAAACUGUUAAAGAGGAGGACCUGAAGUGUAAUUAUACCUGCCUCUUGAAAACUACAAAUAAACCCCAAUUUAAAAUAUUUAAACUGAAGAAAGGGAACCCUCCAGAUCUCCCCCGACAUGUAUUUACUACAGGAAUAAUCGUGGCUGUAUUCUUUUCACUUGUUCCUGUGCUCCUGAUGGUUCUCUCUGUGAUAUUCAGAGUUGACUUAGUUUUAUUUUACAGGGACAUCACUGGAAAAGAUGACACAAUAGGAGAUGGAAAAGAAUAUGAUGCUUUUGUGUCUUACCUGAAAGACUCCAUAUCUACCAAUGUAGAAGAAAGAAAAUUUGCUCUGGAGAUAUUGCCCAGGACAUUAGAAGACCAUUUUGGUUACAAAUUAUGUAUAUUUGAGCGGGAUGUAUCUCCUGGAGGAGCUGUUGUUGAUGAUGUCCAUUCGUUUAUUGACAAAAGCAGAAGAUUAAUCAUUAUACUGAGCCAGAACUACAUUUCUGACCGAGUCAUGUAUGAACUUGAGACUGGACUGCAUAAGGCACUGGUUGAAAGGAAGAUUAAAAUAAUAUUAAUUGAAUACAUGCUUAUAAGUGAUUAUAAUUUCUUGCCAAAAUCACUGGAGCUUCUACCAUCCAGGAGAGUUGUGAAGUGGAAAGAGGAUAAGUCUCUUCCUUCAAAUUCCAGAUUUUGGAAGAACCUUCGGUACCUGAUGCCAGUGAAAGCUUCCAGGACAAACAUCAGAAGUCACAAUAAUUCUAUGAGCCCUACCUCAGAAGAAGAAUCCCAAGCAACAACUGUGUGUUGGGAGUCUAAAACAUUCUUAUAACCAAAAAUUGGAAAAGAAACAUGCUGCAGAAAUGAGCACAUGGUGUUACUUAUAUGGAAGAUAUUAAGUGCACAUGUUUUAGGGAGGCAAUGUGGUCCAGUGAAUAGAGUACCGGCAGGGACUUGAGAGAUGAGACAAAUCCUCAGCUUGUAUAAAUUGUCAUAGCCCAGAGGUCUAGGUUAACCCUGCCCCUCACCCCUUUGGCCUCUGACAGUUUACACAAACAGAGGAACUGCCCCAAGGAAUCUAACCUGACUCUGCCUUGGAUUCAUUGUGUGACAUGGGGCAGAUCAAAACCUUUCUGUGUCACAGUUUCUUCAUUUCUCAUAGAAAAACAUUAAUUCUACUUAUACACUUUUGUAAAGCAAUUUGAGGCCUGUGAAUAGUCUAUAUUUUCAAAGUAUUAUUAUUUAGAAAUGUGAUUACUAUUGUUAUUUAUGAUUUCUAUUGUGAUAGCGUGUAAGGACUCCAAUCAGGGAUCAGAGCCACAUUGUGCUAGGCCCUAUACAAACAUAUAACACAAAGACAGUUUCUGCCCUAGGGAGCUCAACAUCUAGGAUUUAGACAACAUAACACAGGUAAAUAAAGUAACAAAUGGGAGGAGGGGAGUGAUGGGUUGGAAGAAGGGGAUGGGGAGGACAAGGUAACAAUAGAAAUAUAGUGUAUUUGCAUAUAUCAAUCCUCUAAUAGUAAUCUCAGUAGUUACAGGUAGUCAAUGCCAUGACCAGUGCCAGAUGGUAGUUUUUUUGUAGGCAUCAUGGCAAAGCAAUAUUUUAGUCCCUAGAUUAGUGUUAUUCAGGUCAGAGUACUCUGAAUAACUGUUUAGGUAAGGGGAGUGGGAAAUAACACUUGCUCCAGAGAGGCCAGUAGGUACAACUUGUAUCUGAGCUGCUUCCAGGCGAGGGGCCUGAGGCGAUAGAGUCGAGGGUCUAAGGUAUUUUGAUAGAGGGAAAAAUAAUUGCCGAUAUCUAAGAUACCAGACUUGGUUUUCCAGUGCCUUGGCAUUGUGAGUAGUUAUUUACACCAGGUCAGACUGGUAGCGUUUUAUACAGAUUUUCACAGAUAUAAAUGGUGACAUAAGGUGCAAGACAGUGGUGAAUCUAGGCCUCUAUUUUGGCUUCUAGAGGAGCAGAUCUUCCACGCUUAUUCAGUAUUUACAAGAUCCAAAGUACAAAACUGUGCAGUUGCACUUGGGCAGGGUUUCUAUGAUUGUGUUUUUGAACAUGGCUUUCAGAUAUGCACAUGAUUAUUUCUUUCUGCUUUAAGCACAUGAGAACUUUUAGGAAAGUGUUCAAACUCGGGCUCUUCACAAUGUUCAGCAACAUCAAUCAAGUGCAUAGUUGAUAGUAACUCACAAUAGCUGGUUUAAUGGGAUAGGGUGAAUUUCCUUGACUUUUUUCAACCUGAUGCUCCUAAAUCCUGCUACUACUAGAAUGUUCUUGCCCAGUCUUAGGUCAAAUGUGGAACUGGUUGGGAAUUUUCAGUCAGCGUGAUUUGUUUCUUGGCUACAGAGGAACCUGUAGGGAGAAAACAAAAUUGACAAGAGGCUUCCAGGCAGGCGGCUGGAAAGACAAAAAAUUCUCUUUUGGUCCUCUCAUUUUUUGAAAUUUUGUCCCAAAUUGGGGUGAAAAUGUUUUCAAAAACAUGACAUUUUUUCAUAGGAAGGGAUUUCCAUUUUCCAGCCAGCUCUAGUCAGAUGUCCCACUGGAUCUUCACAGACCAAGCUGAGGAAAAAUAAAUAUGCUCUCAAAAAUCCAUUCAGGUGCUAUGAUUCAAGAUUACCUCUUUGGUACUGGAAUCUGAAAGGGGCGUGGUUCAUAUUUUUUAAAAAGCCCCCCAAAAGCAAACAGUACAAAAUCCAUUCCAUCUGUAGCUGUAUUGACUCCACAGAAUUACAAAAGGGUUAAUUUAGCCCUUGGAACGUAAUCCUGUACACCAGGGAACAAAGGGGGGAAAAAAAUCAAACAUAAGUGAAGUGUCGAAUUCUAAACUGUACUUCCAUUACAAAUACUGCAGAAGUCCAAUAUAAAAUAGUAAGUAAGACAAGCCCCACUGAUGAUGAAAUAAACCUUACUUGUGCCCAGAACAUGGGAGAAAUUGUUCAAGAGUAGUUCAUUAUAGGAAAUGUGUUACCUCAUUAAUGCCCACUGCUGUUAAUGAGACUCUGGAUUGUUUGCUGCAUGCAGCACUGUAUAGAGAGUCUAAGAGCAUAUAGGCACAGUACUGUUUAAGGGAUGAUACAUAGUUCCCUCAUCCCAGCAGGAAUUCCAGGAAUUAUUUUUUUCUGUUUGUAAAAUUCUUCCCAGGGCACAAAGGGAGCACAGUCACUGCAUUACCUUUGGAGAAAUUGCUCCAUCUGCUUUUCUCUGUACCCAGCUAUCUCUGCUGGCCUCAUCCUCUCCCCAUUCAUUGACCACUCCCUUUGUGGAAGCCAGUGUCAGGAACAACCAUAACCCAAUGAAAUUCUUGUAUUCUCUGGAAGGCGUGGGGGACUGCCAAUACCUCUUCUGUCCCCUGCCUUUAAUGCAGGAUUUGAAGGGUUUGGGGACAGGGAGAGAGCAACACUUUGAUACCAUUGGAGUUGUAUCACCUGCCCAUGCUGUUUUGUAUAUGUUCAAACUUUCUGUUACAUCCGCUUUAUUUGUACCUGUGUUUACAAGGCAUUUCUUACUUCCUAAAUGUCCAAACUACAUCUGUUUAAAGGCAGAUUUCUAAAUGGAAUUCAAUACCUCAGUCAUAUUGGAAACAUCAUUCCUUUAAUUCCAUCCCUCAUUUAUUAAUGACAGUACUUUCUCACAAGUCUUUUCCUUUCCCCCGGGAUACCUUUGUAAAAGCCCUUCCUGUUUUUCCUACCACCAGACCUCUCAGAUAGCAGAGAUGGAAGCUGAAGUGUGGCUGUAGUGCAAGGGGCUACAUUGUGAAGUUACAAUCACUUUUGGUGAAAGGGAAUAUUCUGCUUGUCGUCAGUCAAAAUUAAGUGAAAAUAAGAUCUGCACUUUUUAUGGACAGAAUCUGUUCAAAAUAAAGACUAUUGUAACCUUCUGGGACUUUUUAAAUUUUGAAUUAUUUUUAAAAGUUUUAAAUAUGGAUAAGUGUUGUAAUUCCUGAUCAUGUUCAUAAAAACUUAAUGUUAGCAGCAUGGCAGAAGAUAUGGCAUAUGUUUUGGUGUUGUAUAGUUAUUUCCCUUUCUUUCUUUCCCUUAAGUAUGAACUUAAGUAAAUGACUGUUUCUUGCUAUGAAAUACAUAUAUGAUUUGGACCCAAUGUUUGUGUCUCUUCCACAGCUAUAUAAGUAGUUAACCUUUCAGUGUACAGUGCCUGUUUUAUUCUUUAUUAUAGCACCAUAAAUUUAUGU